GGUAGCAGUCGGCAGGAGUGGAGAUGGGAGUCGUGCUGAGGAUGGGAGGGAAAGGAAGGAGAAGAAGAGAGAAAAACUACAGAGCAGCGCACGGAGGCUACAGCCGCCUCCCUCCCCCGCCAAAUCCUACCCAAGUCGAUGCUCUCCCCUCCAAGCUCCGUAAACUCAUAUCCUUCACUUCCUCUCACUCCCCUAAACCCCAAGGGUCUGCUGCGAAGGAUGGUGAUGCGAGUAAAACAACCCAUGCAAAGGGUGUAUUAGACUCAAGUGGGAUCACAGAUGGAGGUGAUGAUGAGCAUUUGAGGACACCUCAACAUCCAGACAGUGGUGAUGACACCUCAAAUGAGAAGAGAAAGAAAAAAAGAAAGAGGAACAAGGUUAAUGACCUUAGAUUUGAAACAACCUUAGAGAACUCAGAUGCUCGUGUGAAAAGACGGGAGCGCAAGAAAAAGUACUUGGAAGUGAAGAAAAAUAAACAAAAAAAAGCAAAGACUGGAGUGGAUCGAGACUUUCCUGGACAUGAAGAGAUCAAAUUUGGAGAAGUAGUUGAAGCUCCACCUAAGUUGGUUGGGCUUCCUAAGGCAUUCAAGAAUGUCCAAGGUGCUUCGCAAGAGAGGAUUCGGUUGCAGGCUAUUGAGAAAUAUAGGAAUCGCAAGGGAUGGGCUUCAAGGCCAGGGAUUCAACUUCCUUCUGCAACUACUUCAACAGCAUUUUAGUAAAUUUCAGACGAUUUUUUAAAAUAUUGAACAUAGCUUUUAUUUUUGCAAGAGGGAAUCUCAUCUACCUGUUUGCGUGUAUUAUUGAGGACAAGAGGGCUUGCUCUCUUCCAAAUUCUGUAAUAUGAGUGUAUAAAGAAGGCUUGAUGGAUCAUUGUCUCUUGUAUUAUAAGAGUUCAGAAAUGUUUUUCA